AUGUCGGAUGUGGACAAGCUCAAUGCUGAGAUUCAAGAUUAUGAGAACUUCGUCAAUUCACUGCGCAGUACGGCCGACCCUCGUACGGCUGAAUGGAUCAAAAGCUUGCUGGACAAGCAUGGGUUAAAAGGAGAUCAGUACUUCGACAAUACUCCGUCUUGUUUGUCGACACCUCAGAAUGAGAUGGACGCUGAUGAGCGGUCACCUCACUCAUCGAUUGGUUCAUUAGAGGCCAUUGAUCGAGUAGAGGAAGAUCUCAAUCGGACGGAGCAUACUCGAGCUACGGGUUUUAUGGGGAAAAGCUCGGAGAUCUCGUGGAUGCAACGGGUCCAAAGAGAAGCCGAGCAACGGGCUCGCGGGUAUGCUGGAAUCAUGGAAUCCGAAUCUAAUCAGGAUAAGAACGAAGAAGGACGAGAUGGACUUGCGCUUCAUGCACUAAACUAUCAUCUGGAUGACCUUGACAUCUCCGUCUCCGAACCAGUGGAACGAUACGACAUGCCCCCUCGACAUCUAGCUGAUCGGCUUUUCGACGAUUAUCUAGACACGGUACACCCUUUCUUCCCUAUCAUCAGCAAACCGCUCUUCCGCGCUCAAUACCAGACCUUCUUCGACAGCUUCAUCAGGCCAAACGCUCCUCGACCGGGUGAUAAGUGGCUUGCCAUACUGAAUAUUAUAUUUGCAAUUGCGGCCAAGCAUGCCCACCUCAUCAAUGCUCCGUGGCGAGGAGGUUGCGAUGAUCAUUUGGUGUAUAUGACCCGGGCUCGACUGCUUAGCCUCAACUCUGAGGUUCUCUUCAGUCACCCGGACCUGCAGCAAGUUCAGGUUGAGAGCUUGAUGGCAUUCUAUCUACUUGCGUCAGAUCAAAUCAACAGGGCGUGGAGAAUCUCUGCCCUGGCCGUCCGAUCUGCCAUUACCCUCGGAAUCAACCUGAAGAACAACAGCUCCAUUACCCCCAACAUCUCCAAAGAAGCUCGGUACAAAGUCUGGUGGUGUCUAUACUCCUUCGAACACAUGCUAGGCAUCAUGACUGGCCGGGCAAUCUACACUCUCGACGGCGGAUACGCAACACCCUUACCCCUUCCCUUCGAAGAAGAACAACUACAAGACGACCCUACGGCCAUCGAAAUGCUGAAUAGCCCCGCUCUUAGAGACGAGCUGAUCAACAACGUCAUGUCCAGUGCCGUGAUCCGACAAUCGGGCAGCCGGGAAGAUGUUCAAAAGUCCAGACCUCGAGACCAAACAUGGCUCAAGAAACUGCCGUCCAAUUUCGGUCUUUGCUACCUUUACCAUUGCGACUUGACAAUUAUAACUCAAGAGAUUGUCAAUAAGGUUUACUCGACCAAUUGCGUCAUGUUGUCGUGGUCAGAGAUUGAGGCGCGACUCGAUGAAUUACGCGCUCGCAUAGAUGCCUGGCAGACAAGUCUUCCGACGGUGAUUGACUUUACAAACGACGAGGCCGAAGACACUCCCGAUCAACUUCGCUGCAAAUUGAUCCUGGCAUUUCACUACUAUAGCGCGCGAAUCACUCUCGGACGCCCCUGUCUUUGCCGACGCGACGCACGCCAGCAAAAUUCCCAACCAACCUUUAGCCAUAUGAUGGCUCUUAUCACCCUAGACUCAGCCUCACGGUUACUUGGCUUACUCCCCGACGAACCAGACGUCCUCCAACUCUUCCGAAUCUGUCCAUGGUGGUGCGUCCUCCGCUAUCUCAUGCAGGCGACAACAGUCAUCCUCCUCGAACUAUCCUUUGGCAGCGUCCACAUACCCGAAGACGAAGACCGCUUCGUCAGGUUAGCAAAGAAAUCAAUACGCUGGUUCCACGCCAUGUCCGAUCGCAGCAUCGGUUCCCGACGAGCCUGGCAACUCUGCGACUCGAGUUUCCGAAAAUUGGCCAGCGGCAUGAAAUACAACACCGACGAUCUCCCUUCCCAUCCACGACCGCAAGAGCGUUUCGCCGAGAAUAGUAUCUCUUCCCAUAUCGCUCCAUACAGCCAUGGAGGAGGACAUUCCUCCUCCUCCAAUGAUUACUUUACGCUCCGCCCAGAAGACAUGAAUCCCUUUUUACAUCGUCCGCCACCCGCACCCGUCCCAGAUGGAAAUGUCUGGACGAAUUACUUCAAUCUCCCCACUCCUGAUUUGACGUGGCCGCUUUCAGGCCCUGGGGAAAUCACUGAGGAUUCCUAUUUCCCCUAUGAUCCGCUCAGUGAGGAGUUUAUUCGAUCUUUUUUCCUUCCUCGGAUGAGGAGAAUAGAGGACCGCGAUGAAAGGCCGAUGAGAUGA